CCCGCCGUCACGACGUAUUACGUCAGCGCGUACAGCCAAUAGGAACGCGGGAAGGUGAGUGCGACACGAGUUCAAAGGUCACAGCGGUGGAAGCUUCCCGGACGUAAACAUAGAUGUAAACAGGAGGACGUGUUUGAGGACAGUGUUUUUUCCAGCUCUGAGACAUGAGGCUCUUAUCGAAGGCGGUGCAGGCUGCAGUGAGUCAGAGGGGGCGGAGCCACAGAUACUUCUGGGGUUGGCUCAAUGCAGUUUUCAACAAGGUGGACUAUGAGAGGAUCAAGUCUAUUGGUCCAGACCGAGCUGCAGCAGAGUGGCUGCUGAGGUGUGGGGCCAAAGUGAGGUUCCAAGGGUUCGACCGGUGGCAUCAGGACUACAACGGACUUCCCACUGGACCCCUGGACCGAUACAAGAUCCAGGCCAUCGACGCGACUGAAUCCUGCAUCAUGUACAGAGGCUUUGACCACCUGGAUGGUUUGAAACAUGUGGAGGAAAUGAAGUUCAACAAGUGCAUCUACAUUGAGGACGCGUGUCUGGAGAGGCUGAGCUCGAUAGAGAACCUGCAGGAGAGCGUGAACACGAUGGAGGUGGUGUCGUGUGGGAACGUGACCGAUAAGGGCGUCAUCGCCCUUCACCAACUCAAGAAUCUGGAGUCUCUGUUUCUCAGCGAUCUGCCGGGAAUCAAAGACAAACAGACGACAGCAGACAGACUGCAGACGGCACUCCCACGUCUGGAUUUAACGCUGGACCUGAACUGACAGCUUCUCACUUUGUAGAGCAUGUUCUUAUUGUAAUGACCCAAUGUUGAAGGAGGAGAGUGGAGCUGCAGGGCUUCGAUUGUCCGAGAAGCAGAUCCUUAAGAUCCUGCUAAUGUGAUGCCAGCCUCCAAGGGUUUAGCUGUGGAGACGGUGCUGAUAGUGAGUUAACUUCUAAGCUUGUGUGAUCAAAGGUUAAAGAAACAAUCCAAACAAGAAAGAAAGAAAGAAAACAGUUAAAGCACUUUACGAUGUCGACACCAGUUCUUUUUUUUUGAUCGGUUGAACAUUUCUUUACUUUAUUAUAUUCUCAACAUGCGGUUCCAUAGGCAGAAACAGUUUGUGAACAUUCUGAGGAUUUCCAGGGAUUUCAAAUCAUUUCUCUUUAGAUUAAUUUGGCGUUUGUACAAAAUCUGAGGCGAGACGGACGUGUGGAGAACAUCCUUAGCACCAGAGCUCCAGAGACAACGAGGACAGAGUGGUGCUGCUCCUGAUAAGUGACGGCGGGGGGGGGGGGGUGUAGGAAAAGUUUAAAAGUGUAUUCACUCCUGAUCUCAAUAAAUAUUUCCAGAAAUGCUCAUUAGUCGUGACCAAAAGAUAGUCUGAGUCCUACAUUAUAUAACUUAUUCAGCGACAACAUAAAAGUCAACUACCAAAAAAACAUUUCAAUCUCACAUGUUACAUUAUAUAAAAAGAAAAUCAUUUGGCAAACCAGGCAAGGCAGUACGUCGUGGUUUUACCUCCAGUCUACUCAGCGACUACAAGCCGAGCGGCACGUCGCUCCUCGUCUUCACACGUCUACACAAAGUACAAAUCGACUUGACAUGCAGGCAACAUACAUUAACCAGAACUCCGACUCCACACGCCGGGAAUAGUGCAUAGACCGACAUCACCUCAUGUGGAAAACAAACUGUAAAAAGUGGUGGAAUCCUCUCGAGUGCUUUCAGAACCGUGACGCUUCCCCUCCUGAGUGUUUUAUUAGGAAACAGCAGAUCGACGGUGAGGAUUUGAAUUCAGAUCCGGGAUCAGUGGGUUUAGAUGUUGGGGAGGUGGUAGUUGAACCUGCGCAGGUUGUUGUAGUACUUCUUAUUGUCCAGAGCCGGGAAGAUGCUGCUGCCGGUCAGCUGCGGCAAAUACUGGACGGAGGAAAGAGAACAAACGUAUACAAAGCAAAUUAUAUUUAUAAGGAAAAUUAUAUCCACCUGGAUGAAAGUUAUUUUAUCGAGGUUCCCUCUGGUGGUGAAAUGUGAAAAUAAACGUCACCAAGCUUUGUUUUACAAUCAGAUUCUGAUGAGGGAAUUUCACCCAGACAUGAAACAAUGGUGUAAGAACUGAAUCAAACACCACACAAACAUGAGUACUUGACAUGUACUUGACAGUAGUACUCUACAUGAGUUUUUACUUGCAAGGGAAUCCAACACCUCUGAAUAGGUCACGGCCAACUUCAACGGACCUUCCCUAACACAUCAUUUGGGUGGGGUUUUAAUUUCUUGAUAACUCCUUCUCUUCGGGGCGUUGCUUUAUCUGGUAAUACCCUAUUCUACACAUAAUGGAAAAAAUAACCUUUAUGGUUUCAUAACCAUAACAGACAGUUCCUUAAAAAAUCAACUUUAGGCAAGGCACAGCCGUGGUUAGUCAGGCUAACUCUUGUGUAAGAAGGUCGCCUACAGCUUAGAAGCUUACGUCAACAUUUUCCAGACAGCACUGAAUAACAACUCCUACACCAGGUCAUAUUCAGUUCAUGAUAACUUAUAUACAAUUAUUCCAACAGAUUCCCAGGGGUUUGGUUUAUUCUACAUAAUCAUAAUAUUACAACUAUUACUAAUAAUAGUAAUAAUAGAAGAAGAAAACCGUAGAACAGACGUCUGGAUUACAUUAAUUUCAAGUAAUUAGACUGAACAUAAAGAUGAAUGACAUGACAGAUUCCCAAAAGGUUCCCCCUGGUGGCUGGCUGCAGUAUAGGUUGUAAACCCUGCAUCCUCCAUGUUAGUGGAAAGGGCAUAAUCAAUAAAUGAUCUGUCAAUAAAGUUAAGUUUCAUUCAA